GCUUCACACUCGAGUGGCCAUUUGUGUCUGUGUCUCCUCAACUAGACUGUUUUUAUCACCGAAUAAUAAAGGAUUUCAGCGGCAAACGAGUCUUGACCAGUCACCGAAUUCAUCGUGGAGAAGAAAACGACGGAAAAAUCUCGUCAGUUGGGAGUUUUUGUGCUGUCCAUCAUGAAUCCUGAAUAUGACUACCUGUUUAAACUUCUGCUGAUUGGAGACUCGGGUGUUGGAAAGUCCUGCCUUCUGCUGCGUUUUGCAGAUGACACGUACACCGAGAGCUACAUCAGCACAAUCGGAGUGGACUUCAAAAUCAGAACGAUAGAACUGGACGGAAAAACCAUCAAACUACAGAUCUGGGACACAGCCGGCCAGGAGCGAUUCCGCACCAUCACGUCCAGCUAUUACAGAGGAGCCCACGGGAUCAUAGUUGUUUAUGAUGUCACAGAUCAGGAGUCCUUUAAUAACAUUAAACAGUGGCUACAGGAGAUCGGUCGCUAUGCUAGUGAAAAUGUCAACAAACUCCUGGUGGGGAACAAGUGUGAUCUGACCACAAAGAAACUUGUGGAUUACACGACAGCAAAGGAGUUCGCAGACCCUUUGGGCAUCCCGUUCCUAGAGACGAGUGCGAAAAGCUCCACUAAUGUGGAACAGGCCUUCAUGACCAUGGCGGCUGAGAUCAAGAAGAGAAUGGGCCCCGGGGCCACUGCAGGAGGGCAGGAGAAAUCCAACGUCAAAAUUCAGAGCACGCCGGUCAAAACGUCCUCCGGAGGGUGCUGCUGAGGCCCCAAUGCCUUAAACCAAUAACACCAUCCAGACAACAGUAACGUCACCUACCAUACGCCACAGCUGAAUUAGGACAGGAGAGGAUGUUAGUGUGUGUAUGUGCAAAUAAAGACUUAAAAUAUGAAUGAAUGGUAUUGAGAGGUAAGAAAGGAAUAAAUGAAAUAUUGCUUGAUUUUGUAUGCAUGCAUGACCGGACCAACAUGUUUCCAACGGUUUGAUAAUACAUUUAGUGACCAGAAUAUACAGGGUUAAAUCUCAGAUCCUGUAAAUCCAUUUAGACAAACGUCCACAAGCACUUCGGAUGACAAAGUGUCAUUUAUGACGUUUUUAGAGGACCGCAACAAGAUUUUGAACUUGCUCAUUGGAACUUCGUACGAAGCAGUGGACUGUGAUGUCAUAGUGGACUUCUGAAACACUGGUUCCUGGUGACCUCUCAUUCAACUGCUGCCUUUACUCUGGCUUGGGUGGACCGUUAGCCGUUUUCCGCAUUUAGUUUUAUCUUUUAUCCGUGCAAUGCAAACAGCAUUUCAAUAUGUGGUCCCACUGAAGGGGGUCACAACACUUCAAAUGAGCGUUACUAGUCAGUGUACUAGUUGAUCGCCGUAAUACUAACAGCAAUACUUUGUGUGUUAGUUUAUUUUUGUGUAAUAAUCUGAAAAAAAAGAUACCAAAACUUGACCAGCGGGCCACAUAUAGUUGUAUACAUUGUAAAUCUAACUGUUCAUAAUAUCACAAAUUGGUUGACUAUAUCACUGGUUUUGAUGCUUUCUCAUACAACAUGUAAAUCCUGUAAACUGGAUUCAGAAGCAGCAUUACUUUCUAAAUGAAUCUUUAGCAACAUUGUUUACACUCAGACAGCACAACAACAGUCACUGUAACAGCAAUGCUGAAACUAUCAAAUGUAUGUAAUAUAAAUGUAUCUAUAUAGAUGUAAUCACUGCAAUGCCUGAUCCCAUUGAGCAACACAUGACAGAAACAUGGGAAGUGACAUCACAAUGAGUAGUUAAAGAAACAUUCCGUCUUUCUUGAUUUUUUCUUCUGUAUUUUUCUUUGAUGUCACACAAAGUUUAAAUAAACUAUGAAGGAAAUGUUUAAUAAAAGUGGUUUUAACUGGAGCAUUUUCCCAUUUUUAAAGUCAUGUUUCUUGAGUUCUGUAUUGCUCUUUAUUUCCACUAUGUGGCGAUGUUAUCCUAAAGCUGAGUUUGUGCUGGGGAGGUUUUGAAAGAAUGGAGAUGCUCAAAUUAAGAUCUUUUAUCACAGCCAUGUGAGCGUCCAUUAGAUCUUAUUAGAGUUUAAUCUACACAUUGUAUACCGCUUACUACUUUGGGCAGCUUUUACUCUAUAUUCUCAUCUCUUAUUAAUGUGAUUUAAUUGCCUGGUUUGUUCAUUUAUGGCUGAAAAACACCUUUGACUCAUCAUGUUUGUUGUCUUUAGUAUAAAGGUCCCUUGCUGACAUGGCACAACUUGUGUAUUUUGAAUAAAUUACCUGCUUUUCAAUGGGAGUC